UCAAAUCAAUCGAAAUCAAAUCCCAAAACCCUAACCCCCAAAAUCACAAUGGCUUUUCUCAUCGGACCUCCAUCUCUCAGGCAAUCCCCAACCCCAUCGGCCCAAACCCCCUCCGGCGACCCAUUCGUCGACCUCUUGGUCGCCGAUUUCAACAACCUGGCUCAGGCUCCACCGCCCAGGCCCCAAAUGGGCUUCACCGAGAACGGCUCCGCCACAUUCGUCACCACCGGCGAUCCUUGCCUCGACCUCUUCUUCCACGUCGUCCCCGACACUCCGGCGUCGUAUCUGAACCAGCAGCUCCCAAAGGCCUGGGCCCACGACGCCCUCACCACCCUCAAGCUGAUCUGUAACCUCCGCGGCGUACGCGGCACCGGAAAGUCCGACAAAGAAGGGUUCUACACGGCGGCGUUCUGGCUCCACAAGCACCACCCCAAAACCCUAGCCUGCAACGUCGCGUCCCUCGCCGACUUCGGCUACUUCAAGGACCUGCCGGAGAUUCUGUACCGCCUUCUCGAAGGCGAAGACGUGAGGAAGAGGCAGAAGUCCGAUUGGACGAUGAGGAAGUCCGGCGGGGGAAAAACUCACCGCACGGCGGCGCUUCCGUUUUUCAGGCGAGGCCGCGGCGGCGGGAAGAGGCUCAGGGGUACCGGCCCCAGGGGAGGCAAUAACAACAAGAGCCGUGUGCCUAGGGAGGUUAGGGUGUUGAAUUCGAUGGAGAGGGCAAAAUCGGAAAAGGAAAAGGCCUCUGUUUUGAGGAAGGAGAAGUUCGCAGCCAUGGCCAAGAAGGCAGUGGAGAGGUACCAGCGUGACCCGGACUACAGAUUCUUGCACGAAAGGGUUUCGGAUCUUUUCGCAGAGUGUUUGAAGUCUGAUAUGGAGAAUCUGAAGGCUAAUCAGACCAAGAAGAUCACUCUUGCGGCGAAAUGGUGUCCUUCCUUGGACUCGUCUUUCGAUCGCGCUACUCUGCUGUGUGAGAGCAUUGCAAGGAAGGUUUUCGCUAAAGAAUCGUACCCGGAGUAUGAAGGAGUUGAGGACGCGCAUUAUGCUUAUAGAGUACGAGACCGGUUGAGGAAGGAGGUGUUGGUGCCGCUGAGGAUAGUGUUGGAUCUGCCGGAGGUUUACAUGGGGGCUAAUCUGUGGGGGGCGAUUCCUUACAAUAGAGUGGCGUCUGUCGCGAUGAAGCUGUAUAAGGACAAGUUCUUGAAGCAUGAUGAGGAGAGGUUUAAGAAGUAUUUGGAGGAUGUGAAGGCUGGGAAGACUACCAUUGCGGCCGGCGCGCUGCUUCCGCAUGAGAUCAUUGCCUCACUGAAUGAUGGGGAUGGGGAUGGUGGGGAGGUCGCCGAGCUUCAAUGGAAGAGAGUGGUGGAGGAUUUGUUGAAGGAGGGGAAGAUGAAGAACUGCUUGGCUGUGUGUGAUGUGUCGGGAAGUAUGAAUGGGAUUCCUAUGGAGGUGUGUGUUGCUUUGGGGAUGUUGGUGGCUGAAUUGAAUGAGGAGCCGUGGAAAGGGAAGGUGAUCACAUUCAGUGCCAAUCCUCAGCUUCACUUGAUACAAGGAAAUGAUUUGAGCUCCAAGUCUGAGUUUGUGAAGCAAAUGGAUUGGGGAGGCAACACUGAUUUUCAGAAAGUGUUUGAUCUGAUCCUCCAAGUUGCUGUGAAGGGGAAUUUGAAGCCGGAGCAAAUGAUCAAGAGGGUGUUUGUUUUCAGUGACAUGGAGUUUGAUCAGGCUUCAGGUUAUGGUCAUGGAAUGUAUGGAGGAUAUGGAAUGUAUGGAGGGUAUGGAGGGUACGGAAGGAAUGAUGUUCCAAGGGGUUGGGAGACGGACUAUGAGGUGAUUCAAAGGAAGUACAGGGAGAAAGGGUAUGGCGAUGCAGUACCACAGAUAGUUUUUUGGAAUCUGAGGGACUCGAAGGCGACCCCGGUGCCUGGGACUCAACCAGGAGUGGCGCUACUGAGUGGCUUCUCCAAGAAUUUGCUCAAGCUGUUCUUGGAUAAUGAUGGGGAGAUUCGCCCUGACACAACCAUGCAAGCAGCAAUCUCGGGACCUGAAUAUCAGAAGUUGGUUGUGCUGGAUUGAGUAGUCGGAUGAUCACCAUCUUUUAGGCCCAAAAAAAAGUAGCAGAAGUAGUGUAGCUAGUAGCAGUACUGUAGUUUCAUUUGAAGAAAAUUGA